CUCACAUCAGGAAAGGAGAAAACAGGAGUUGGUAAAAGUAGUUUUGUGAUGAUGGAAGAGUCUUGUACAGGGAGAGAUUUCUACACUCAGCAUUUCGAUCCCAGAGACCAUCUGGAAAAGUACUACAAAAUAAGCCUUGUGGAUGAUGAAAUUGGUCAGUUUGUAAUCUUCUUCCUGAAAGGGGCCCACAGGGCCUUCACCCUAGAUGGCAUCAAGGGAGACACCCUCAUCGACAUUGGCAGUGGCGCAUCCAUCUACCAGUUCCUCUCCGCCUGCGAGUCCUUCCGGGAGAUCAUAGCCACCGAUUACGCUGACCAGAACCGGGAGGAGAUGCAGCGAUGGCUGAGGAAGGAGCCGGGGGCUUUCGACUGGACCCCCAUUGUGAAAUACGUCUGUGAGCUGGAAGGAGACAGGGAAAAAUGGCCAGAGAAGGAAGAGAAAGUCCGAAGAGCCGUCAAGCGGUACCUGAAAUGCGAUGUGACCCAACCCAACCCUUCGGCCCCGCUGGUUCUUCCUCCUGCAGAUUGCCUGCUCUCCUGUUUGUGCUUCGAUGUGGCUUGCAAGGACAUCCCCACCUACCAAUCGGCAUUCAGGAACAUCAGUUCCCUCCUGAAACCGGGCGGGCACCUCCUGUUGAAUUCAUCCCUUGAAGCGCACUACUACAUGGUGGGCCAACACAAGUUUUCUGUCCUCUACCUGGAGAAGGAGGUGAUCGAAGAGGCAGUGAGACAGGCUGGCUUUGUCAUUAAAUGGAUUGAAGAGAUCAGAAUCAACUGCCCUCCAUCCGAAGCAGAUGCAAAAGGGCGGUGCAUCCUUCUUGCCCAGAAAUGCAGUCCGUGAAAUUUAGGCAGCCGUUGAUGUAACACCCAGAGGCUUCCCCAAACAUGGUUAGGAUUUUGUUAUACAAGUUAGGGAAAGCACACAUCACAUCUCUUCUGUGAUCCUUUGCUAGGAGGUCCAUUAGAAAAUGGUUUUGUUUGUAAUAAAAUAUUUUGUAUCUC